AUGCUGCCGCCACCAAUGGAGUUCAAGUCGCAUCCGAUGAGAGAUAUAGACAUCAGCUUUGUGAAUUCCGCUGGAGUCAAUGCCGGACAGGCAGUUGCUGUGAGAAGUGGAGGCUUAAAUCAUGCAUUCUAUAGGUGUAGUCUCAAAGGAUAUCAGGACACUUUGUUUAUGAUUUUCGGCAGCAAAUUUUUCUACAAAUGCAACAUCUUUGGAACCAUAGACUUGAUCUUUGGUGACGCAGCCAUCAUGUUCCAGAAUUGUAACAUAUAUGGGAGAAAUCUAGAGAAUGAAGGAAUGCCCAUUAUUGUUACAGCUGUGUCAAGGGGUAUAGCAAAUAGUGACACCGGAAAAGUGUUUCAGCAUUGCACCAUUACGAAGGCCACGGAUUUUGGACGGUUGAAUUCUUCUUUCAGAGCAUUUCUUGGACGGCCAUGGCGAGAGUAUUCUAGGGUGGUAGUGAUGGAGUCUUUCUUAGGAGAUAUAGUAAAUCGAGCUGGUUGGUUACCGUGGAAUACCAGAUUGGAUCAUUUGAGCUAA